GUUUUUCACAGGUGUUUUUUUUAAAUUAUAAAGCGACUGACUUUUAAUCGGAAGAUCUAGUGUUAAAUGCUGCGUUCUUCUAACGACGAAAAACUUAAACAUCGUCAGACGAAACUUGCAACAAGCGGUAAAGCAGCGACCCCGAUGCACGUUUCAAAUCGCGAAAUGGGCUACAACGGCGUUAACGACGUAGGCUUGUUAGGCAAAGAUCGCUUUCCCGAUGAACGCUUCAUGACGUCAUCAAGUGUGACGUCAUCAAACUCGUGGUCGCAGGUGGACGAGCUGGGAGACUUUGGUCAGUUCGAUAGUUUGUCCAAUACAUCACCGGUUGAUUUGUUCAGCGAAACUACUAACGUUGCCCAGCAAGAAAAAUCGACGCAAGGCAUGAAAGCUGAAGCUUCUCCAACAGAUAUAUCGUCGUGUAGAAAAUCUCCUGGAUCAUGCAAAAGCGAAGAGCAUUUUUCUGCCACGAAAAUGAACGAAAACGGGAUUGAUCUAUGCAUCAAUAUGGACCCGCAAUGCGAAAAUAGCCAGACAUCACAAUACUCGCAAAUGAGUAUUUGCCAAGGAUGUGAUUAUCUUAUCGAGGAUCAGUAUUUACUCAAUAUUGGUGGAUUUUCGUGGCAUGAAAGUUGCGCGAAGUGCGUCAUCUGCCGGUUAAAACUACAGCAAUCGUGUUUCUUUAGCGAUGGCCAACUUUAUUGCAAGAAAGACUAUCAACAAACUAGAAAGAAAUGCUCUGGCUGUGGUUCAAAGAUUGAAAGUGAAGAGUUAGUCAUGCGUGUCGCUACGUCAGGAUAUGUGUAUCACGUGGGUUGCUUCGCAUGCGUGACGUGCAAGCGGUUAUUACGUAAAGGGGACGAGUUCGUGAUGAACAGGCACAACGAGAAGCGAGCGAAAUCGUGCACGAGGUUUGAUCUACAGUGUAAAAACUGCUGGAGCGAGCGAGACACUUUAUUAAAAGCUGGUCACGACUCACAAAUGAUAAAAUCGUUACCUUGCGCUCCUGAUGCAAAGACAUCGAGUCUUCCCUCUCCAGGUGUCAGCAGUGACGUCACAGAUAUGACGUCACCGAAGAGUCCACAUUGUGUUUUAUCACCGAAAAGUGAUGACGACGAUGCUACGUCAUCCGAUGACGAAUCAACUGUCGGGAACUUCAACUCGUCGAAAGAUGACGUGGGCGAGGAUGGAAAAAGACCACGUGAUAACGAUGACGUAGACAGCAAGGACGGCAAGCGAUCAAAGCGACCACGAACUAUUCUUAACGCAGUUCAACGUAGAGCUUUUAAAGCUGCUUUUGAAGUUACACCCAAGCCUUGUCGAAAGGUUCGUGAAACGCUUGCCAAAGACACUGGGUUGACCGUGAGAGUGGUACAAGUGUGGUUCCAAAACCAAAGGGCGAAAAUGAAGAAGUUAGCCAAGCGACAACAAAGUCAAGAAGCUGCGGCACAAAAGGCGAGGGAAGAAUUCGGUUACCAUGUAUUUGAUCAGAUGGGUUCUAUGCCUCACCAAAUCCAGCAUAUGAUGCCGGGUAGCGAGGGCAUGAUGGAGAAAAUGUUUGGCCAGUUUCAUCACCAGCAAGUACACGGUCAAAUUAACGGACGCCGCAUGGGUGUGCCAUGGGACCAGCAUCCCAACGAUGCGAUCGGAUUUGGACAGGGUCAAUUGUACCACGAAGCAAGCGGUUACCAAGAAAAUAUGGCGGUGCCUCAAAAUGUAACUAUUACGUCACAAAUGGAUGGGAUGAUUCCCCAACCAAUGAGAAUCCCCCUCAAUCACAACAUGACGCCCCACCCCCCUGCAUAUCAGGGCAAUAUGCAAAUUCAUGACGUCAUCCAUCCUGCUGACAUGCAUGUGACGUCAUCGCCUGGGAAUCACCCGAAUGACGUAACGACGCCCAUAGACGGGUUGUACUCGAUGCAGAAUAAUUAUUUUAGUUCGUAAAUUUUUAAUACCUCUUAUUCUCGUUUUAAAUAUAUACAUCUUUUCGUCACAGCUGUUUUUAUAUUAAAUUAAAUCCCAAAUGUUUGCGGUUUAUGUUGAUCUGAAUGGCAAUAGCGUAAAACGUAACUCGUCAGGAAAAAUUAGGAAAACACUGAAGCACUUUGAUGUAAUUUAAAUUCUUUGUUAUUUUUGCAAAACGAUUUUUUUGCGUGUGUGUUCUGAUAUGUGACGUAAUAAAGUGUGAAUUAAAAU